CCGCAGUGGCCGCGGCAGCAUCAGCACUCACAUCGGCACCGACACACCCUGUGCGGAAAUUUCGCUUCGAGCUAAAUCGCCUACAUCGUCGCCGAAUCAUUGGAUUCCAGUGCUUGUUCGCCACUAGGAUUGUGUUCUGUUCGAGCUAAGAGUUCGAGCUCACGCUAAAUCGAGCGUCGUCGAGUUGGGCGGCGUCAUUGAGGCACAGCGCUUGUGAAGAUGGCGGCUCCGAGGACGAGAUUCUGACGGUCUCCGGAACCUAAGAUCGGACAAAGAGCACGGCUUCGGGAUCGCACGGCUCUGGUUUCACGCGAAUUUCAGUCUCAGGCAGAUUAGCCACGUUUUCGAGAGCAAAUAGUCACCGAUCCGGCGUCGUCAUGAAGCUGCCAUUCCUCGAAUAUAGUCGGCAUCCCGAUAUUUCAGAGCGAGUCCGGUAUCACAUCUCGCAACUGGUGGACUAUUUCCACGCAGUUCCGCACUUCGACGUCAACCUACAGCCUGUCAAUGGCACCUUUGAUCCAUACAACAACAUAUACCUCGAGAGCCUCGGCAUCUUGGUCGCCGUUCCAGGCUUUUGGUUGAUCUUCACCCUGUUCGCGUUCUUAAUCUUCUUCCUCUGUCGAUGCUGUGAUUCGAGUUCCAAGAAGAAAAACAAAAUCACACCCCUCAAGUGGAUUCUGGCUUUCUUUGCCCUGCUGUGUUGUGGCGCUCUAAGUUUGGGACUGUUCGGGAACGACCAAGCCCAUCAGGCACUUCUGGUGGUACAACGAAGCACUAGCGAGAUGGAGAACGUCGUAAAGUCUGUUAGGAACGAAACCUUGCUCAUCGAGCAGAUUCUCGACAAUUCGAUCCGUGAAGACGUCGACCAGAUAUCGGUCGCCUUUUCUGCGCCUCUGCCGAACGCUACCGUGCGUUCAAUGGUACGCGAAACCCUGGGACACAUGCGUGCGAACAUCAGCCAAAGUCUGGCGAAAACCAAGGACAUGAACAUCAAAAUGAAAGCCCUCGACCUCAGGAACCUGCCGCAAUGGCUUCAAAUCGUGGAAUUUUUCCGCUGGCCCGGCACAAUCACGUUGUUGUGCGGGCUGAUUUUCAUCUGUCUCCUGCUCUUGUGGGGAGUCAUUAGGCACUCGCGCUGUCUGCUCAUCCUAUUCUCGGUCCUGGGUCUGCUUUCUGUAGUUAUCUGUUGGGUUAUGGUCUCUCUGUACUUCGGAAUCGCAGUCGCUGGUGCCGACUUCUGCUUCAAUCCGGAGCCGUUCUUCAACAGAAUGGCUGGCAAUAAUGACGGCGAGCGACUGGCUAUCGAGUACUACAUGACCUGUGAAGAGAUGACCGAUAACCCAUUCAAAUUCGACAUUGUCGAAGGCAAGCGCGCCAUCCAGGAUCUUCAGGCCAAUACGCAAGUCCUGAAAAGAAUUGCCAACCAGUAUCUUCCGCAACGGGAGGUGCAUACACUGCUGCAUUCAUUGGAAAAACGCCUGGAGGAAACCGAGAGGACCUUGAGCCGUAUGGCGACAUUGGUUGAAUGUACGACCAUCCAGAACGAAUACCUCAACGCUAUGGAGGAAAUAUGCGUGAGCACGUUCGAAGGAACGGUGUUCAUGUUAGCCUCCGCGGCCGCAUCUGGUUUCCUCUUCACAAUACUCAUCUGGAUCGCAUCCCACACUUGGAUCCACAUACGUUCCCGCCACCCUCGCAACGAUUCAACCGAGGAUGAGGGAAGGCCGUUUCUGCCCAGUGCCGUCGUUACGGGUGGUACACUCAGCCGUGGAGUACCUCGAAACACGACCAGCCAAGGAAACGGUCGUGAAGAUCAGGCGUUCCUGCAUGCCAGGUAUACACCUCCUCCCGCGUACGAGCACUUGACUGGCAGCACUCGGCAAUUCCACGUGGAUUUACCCUCCGCCCCGAUGUACGCUUGAGGUGCGAGAGGGUAAGCUCGUGUAGACGUAAUGACAGUAGACGCACUGAUCAUCUGCGCUGAGCUUUAGUGAGAAUCCCCGCCUAAUACGUUCGGCAUCAUGUCAAUACAUCAGAUGGAGAUCUCACUUGCGCAACCAAAUUCUAAGGAGUGGUAGACGACAAUACUUCCUCAGCAAUCAUGUUCUUCACACCUGAACGCAACCACUCAUAUAUGUAUAUGUAUAUAAAUGGUGUAUCUAUAUAUAUGUAUAUGGAAAAUGAGGCAUAGAACAUUCCUCCGAGGACACAAGUGGUGAAAUCUUCACUGAUACGUGAUGAGCAGUUUAGCCGAGCGCCGUCCCCAACGCCGAUAAGCGUCCGCCGCCUCCUGCACAGAUACUGUAUUGCUUACCAUAAUUAUUUUUCUAUUUGACAUUAAUUUCCAUCGGCGCAAUCGUUGGAACAGGCAGAUUUAGAAGCGACGAAAGGCAUAGAUAGGUUGUACGCUGGGUUUAUGUACACGUUGUGUCAGCCCUGAUGUCGCCGAGCAGGUUCCAGCAGUUGACGAGAUUGUUACGUGUAGAUAAUAAAUUAUUCGGA